AUGUUGAAGUUCAUCCACAGCGUUAAUUAUAUGAAUCGACAAAAAGUCUCCCCUGAAGAAGCAGUGAAGUGGGGUGAAUCAUUCGACAAACUGCUUUCCCAUAGAGAUGGACUGGAGGCUUUUACCAGAUUUCUUAAAACUGAAUUCAGUGAGGAAAACAUUGAAUUUUGGAAAGCCUGUGAAGAUUUCAAGAAAAGCCAGGAACCUCAACAAAUUAUCCUUAAAGCAAAAGCAAUCUAUGAGAAAUUUAUACAGAAUGAUGCUCCACAAGAGGUUAACCUUGAUUUUCACACCAAAGAAAUCAUUACUAAGAGUAUCACCCAACCCACGCUCCACAGUUUCGAUGCUGCACAAAGCAGAGUGUAUCAGCUCAUGGAACAAGACAGUUACACACGUUUCCUGAAAUCUGACAUCUAUUUAGACCUGAUAGAAGGAAGACCUCAGAGACCAACAAAUCUUAGGAGACGAUCACGCUCAUUUACUUGCAAUGAAUUCCAAGAUGUAAAAUCAGAUGUUGCCAUUUGGUUGUAAAGAAAUUGAUUUUGUUCAUUUUGAUGACAAACUUGUACAUCUGCUUCUAACAUAUAGCAUGUUUAUGUUAAGGAAUGGUUACAUCUUUUUUAAAAUAAACUACAUCAUCUGAAAGGAUUUUAAAAAUGUAAAUCAAAACUUUUUGCU